AUGGCUGAGAUCCCUUACCAAAUGAUAGCCAACCUACGCCCUCAAACAACACUUGCAUGGAAGCUUAAAGUCCGAGUUACAAGGCUUUGGCCAGCCAUUAAUCGUCAAGGAGAUACAGUGGGUAUACACUGCAUUUUCGUCGAUGAAUUGGGAGGCCGCAUUGAGGCAUGGAUAAAUGCAGCAAACAUGAAUCAAAUUCAGAAUUUGAUUACUGAAGGAGGUACCUAUGUUGUCCAUAACUUUGUUGUUAGGCAGUAUGGUACCAUGCAAACUCAAAGAUGCUUUCAAAAUGAUGUCUUCAUCGAAUUGUAUAAUAUGACUGAGGUCUUUGUGGCUGAAGGUGUAGAUUAUAUCCCGCGUCAUGUUUUUCACUUCACUGACUUUUCAGCUCUAAUGGACACUGCAAGGGAAAGCAACUUUCUAAUUGAUGUUCUUGGCAUUCUACAACAAGUGCAGCCUAUCACUACAUACCGGAACAAAUAUAAUGAGGUCAAAAACAGCAUUGAGUUUACCAUCAACGAUAUGAGCACUUCUGCACAAGUGAUAUUCUACGAUGAAAUGGCAGAAUCUUUUAAUCAGGAAGUCCAUAAUGCUGGCCAACAUCCAAUAAUUGUUAUAAUAUCCAGUUCUAAAGCUCGGCUAAUCCAAGGUGAGCCAAAGUUGACAAACUAUCCGGCGACAAGGUUUUUCAUAAAUCUUCAACAUGAAGCAGUGCAGGAUCUGAGAGAUGCAUUCAGAUUGAAUGGUACAGUUUGGCAAAUUGGCGUCUCCAUUGAUGUUCGCAAAUAA